GCAGAGAGCAGAACGAGUACGGGAUCAGGUUCUGAACGAGGAGAAAGCGACCCACGAGUAUUGCUGUACCUGUCUGAUUAUCAAACGAGAUGAAGGGGACAGCAGAGAAAGCUCCGCUUCUUGGGCAGCAAAGUGCAGGGAAGAAAUUUAACAGCAUUAAGCCUUCGCAAAUGUUGCGAAGACUCAUCGCACGUCUGCCUACCAGCGUGCUGUGUCUCGCCCUGGGUAUCUGCGGUCUCGGCAUUACAUGGCAGACAGCUGCCGAAUACCUUAUAGCUGCUCAGUUCAUCAAGGAUACUGCAGAUGUUUUCUCUCUCAUUUCUUUCAACAUCGGAGUUUCAAUUCUUCUCUUGUACAGCAUGAAAUUGAUCCUUUUUCCUAGCCUUGUGCUUGAAGACAUGCUGAGUACUCAAGGGAAUGCAGAGCUGCCAUGCCUGGACAUGGCAAUGAUGAUGAUUGCCUGGUGGCUCCGGAUUCACGGUUACCAUUCCUUGGGGAGAGUGAUCUGGAGCGUUGCUGUCCUUCUUCAUUGCUUGUUUCUUGUAGCCUUUCUGCGACAUGUCAAAUUUCAGGACAUCUCUUCGAUGACCCCCAACUGGCUGAUUCCUUUCGUUGGCCUAUCCAUGGCAGCGGGAACAGGGGCCUCCUUGGACCUCGGAGAAUGGACGGAAUACUUCUUCUGGAUCGCGUUCUUGUCCUUCUUGAUUCUUUUCCCUGUGAUGCUGUACAGACUGCAUGCUUAUCCCGAGGGCAGCCGUGCAGAAGCGCAAUACCCUUACAUUGCAUUUCCAGCAGCCCUGCUGUUGACGUCUUGGAUUGCUAUGGGCGGCCAUCAAGGGCAUGUCUUGACGCAUUUCCUAUUUCUUGUUCAGAUGUGCAGCAUAGUUCUCGUCUCCCUUCGGAUUUCCAACAUGUUCUCGAUGAAUUUCGAAAAUGACUUCUCAAGUCUUGCAUUUCCUUCGGACAUCAGCGCCAAGUGCUCGAUUCUUUACACUCAUUUGUACAUGGCCGAAAGCGGGGUGAUGGUGAUGUGCUCAUGGAUAUUCGUCUUCCUUGCUUCAUUGUCGGUGGCAUAUCUCUGUUUCAAGUUUGGAUCUAUUGCUUUGGGAUCAAUCAUAGACGAGAGCAACUCGAGUAUCAUCGACCGUCUCAAAGAAAGCCAAAAUGUUGAUGAUUCCAAGGAGUCAGACUUGUAG